UUCGAAAUCAUCGAGAGAUUGUUGGAAACUGGCCGACUCUUGUCCCAACAUGGCCUGACACGCAUUGGCUCUGACGUACCCUGGCAUACGCCACAUCAGUGCCUGUGCAUCAGAGCUGUGCUCGCUCUCACUGGCUCAUGCUGUAGUCGCCGGCGGGUAAUGUCAGGGGGGGGCCUUGCCCAACAAGGUCGGGUAAUUGGGCGAAACAGAUGGGCCUACGCCGAGUGCGCCGAUGUCGCACAAGGUGGCCCCGCACCCAUUGCAGUCGUCCUCUUCUCAGCGGUCUGUGCGCCCCACGCCCGCCACAUCCGCACCACAAGGAUCGGAUCCAAGGAUCAUCAGAUCAUGCCUCCAUCGCGGCCCGCGCGCGUCCCCCUCUAGCCCCUCUCCAACGCACAGUCACGCCUUUGCGUUUGCGUGGCCCGCGGUCAAACGCGCAGGGAGAUGUGGCACGGUUCAGUGCGGCCAAGGUGGAAAUUGGUUAGUCGUCGUCGCCGCGCAGGGUAGAACUGUCCGAGGGGCCGAGGGGCCGAGGACCGAGGGGCCAAGACCGAAGAGACCAGGCGCGACGCGGGCGCAGGGCGUACUGGUACCGUGGAGUAGUGUUGUCGAAUUAGUGAUGAUUAGGAUAGUUGUAAUAAAGUAUUAUUAGGGAUGCUCGGCGUCUCGCCCGGUGAGGUCGGCCGAUCGUUGCGGUACUGGGCGGCAAUCUGCGUGGCCACACAACUGGUUGCCCA